GUCUGAUCAGUGUGGAAAAAAGUGUCUUAGGCUGUGCUCAUCGCCUUACACCCUGCUUUAACCGGAGCCUACUCCUUGAUCACUCGCCCGUCUAACCUACUACUCUAUCGAUCACCACGCUAAAGCAGUUGGAACACGAAGGUCGUGAACCACCUUCCCAACAGAACACAAUGGAGCAUCUUCACUCGCAAUCUCCGGCUAAUUAUAUGCCAUCAUCACGAAAAAGCCGCAUGGCCAUCGAUGCCCUGCUGAACCCGUCAGCAGAGUCGGACAACUCCGCUCAACUGCAAUACGCCCAUUCAGGAUCGCAGUAUUCACCCAUCUACCCACCCAGUCCUAGCCAUCAUUACUUCUAUCACCCCUACGCAGAGAACCAUCAUCACCACCACCACUAUCCUUACCGGGAAAGUUCUGGCUCCUCGCAAGACCAGGCGUUCUUGCCAUAUCGACCACGGUCGACCGAGUCAUCGCCAGGUGCGUACUCUCGGGACCGGUACGACUCGGUCUCAAGCAGUUCUAGCAAUGCCCCAGAGCGGCGACGCCCCCCUCGACCAAAGUACGAGGAAGAGGAAAUGUACUUCAUUUGGUAUCACCGCGUGGAUCUGUGCCAAGAGUGGAAGGAAGUGCGCGAGAGCUUUAAUCGACAAUUCCCUAGCCGGCAACGACGCGGAUUCCAAGGAAUCCAAUGCAAAUUCUACCGAUUCAUCAAGGAGAAGAAAUGUCCAACGCUGCGAGAGCAGAGACGCAUGCGCGAUGGCGAGUUCCUCCGAGAGGGGUCGGGGCUAGUUGAGUCGGCCGCACCACGAUUUGGUGUUGUGGAAUGGAUGGGGGCGUGGUAUCCUUGGAUGCGAGAGACUAAAGAACAAGUUCUAAGUCGACGCAUAUCACAUUGAAUUUUCUCUUCUUCUUUCUUCCUCUAAGAAUCCUUACCUCCUUCAUUCCUCGACUUUCUACGGAUCCUCCUUCCGCCUUGAAAAAUCUCCUUCCUUACGGCCGUCAAGAUACCUCUGAAGUUACUCGCCUACUUUAAUUACCUCUU